CGACGAACACUAGAAGAAGAUAUCGUUUACUGGAAGAAAUUUUCGUUUUUCUCCUUCAGCCAUUGUUAGUUCCAGUUGUGAUCUUUUGGCCAUUUACCCCCUUUCUACUCUUCUACUUGUGCCUAGGAGAUAAACGGGUUGCUGACAGCCGCCACUGCGUCAGUGGAACACAGCUGAGUUCCCACGUGUGUUUACAUGCGGUUGUCUCCUGUGGGCCGCGUCGGUGUCAGCACCGCACAGAACUGGUGAGGCAUGGCUGGAGGCAUCAAAGAUAAAGAAGCCUAUCAAAGGUUGAAUUUCCUAUACCAAGCAGCCCACUGUGUUUUGGCCCAAAGUCCAGAGAAUGAGGAGCUGGCCCGUUUCUACUGUCACACACAGAAGACCAUCGCUCGCCGCCUCGUCCUGAGACAAGACCCUUCAGUCAAGAGGAGUGUGUGCCAGAGAUGCUGUGGUCUGCUGGUGCCUGGAGUCACUGCCACAGUCCGACAGAGAAAGCGGCGGGGCAGGCGCAGUGCGACAGUGCUGCGGUGUGUGAGCUGUGGCUAUACCAGGAAGCUGCUCAACAACCCGCAACACCAGCUGUGGGUCGACCGGCCUGAAGCCCAACUGGAGAACCAGACAGAUGAGGGGGCAGGCACAAAGGCUGCACCUGGCCCUCCGAAGCCCACCUCUGCACACGGCCCUCUGAAGGCCACCUCUGCACCCGGGCCUCAAAAGCCCCCUUCGACGUCCACCAGUCAGAAACCCUCCGCCGUGGAGAACACCUGAGCCCCGCCUCUAUGGAGCCAACAAAACACCACCUCUAAUCAGAGCGCCACCUCGGCAACCACCAAUCAGAAUACAAGCUCGGGAAACUGUUACUGUUGAACCCAAACAUACAGAUGGACACUUGAGACUAAUCACUGCACUGACUUACUGACAGCAGUGCUCACUGACACACUGACUCACAUCCCUACUUACCGACUUAUUAACAGCCGUUCUCACCGACUUGCAGCUAUACAACUUGACAACUAUGCUCAUAGUGACAGCUACACUGACUAACUGAUUUGUGGACAGCCCUACUCACUGAUAGCAAGAGUACUAGCUGACUGAGCUGAUCAUAGACAUGUGCUGGAGUUGUCAUGGUGAUAGGUUGUUAUGGUUACUGGUGACAUUAAGUUCUACUUUACGCUGGCAACCAAACUACAAAGUUCAUCUCUCACGAUUCUUUUCAUGACUAGUACGAGAUUGAACACACCAUACCAACAGAUCAGGGUUGUGUUUCUUGAAAGUGAAGUUGCUAGCCAGUUAGCAAAUUGGGUGGUAGCCAGUGGGUAAUUGCAUUGACACCAACAAACUAGUUAACAUAGUUAGCAACUACUGUUUCGAGAAAUUCACCCCUGAUAGGAUUUUGAGUCUGCUAUGUGCUGGUUGUGGUGUCACAGAUUAACUGAAUGAUGACAUCAUAUGCAUGAAGCCUGUAAGAACAGAUUACACAGAUUUUUUUUUUUUUUCUUUCAGGUUUGUAAAAAAAAUGUUUCUUUCUCAGUUAUAUGGGAUGCAUUUCUUUUUAAUUUUUUGCCAUCAUUUUUUAAAUGCUGGAUCUAUUUGGAGACAUGAUUUUUUUUUUGUAAGUCAUAAGCAGUAGUUUUUUUCUCUUGCCCUGAAAAAUAAUAAAAAAAAAAGUUGUCAAUCA